CCCACGCGCACCUCGUCGUUCCAUUUGUGCACGCUUGUGAUGACGUACUGCUGCGGUGUAUAUUAUUUCGGGCUAUAAUCAUAAUACCCUGCCAGUAAGGGAACUCGUCAGCGUUGUCAGCUUCAUGGGCGAAGAAGACAAGGAUCUGUGCGGCCGAAGUCAACGCGGAGAAAACGAAGCGAAGGCAGAAAACGGCACGUCUGUGGAGUCAGAACGUCAGAGGAGAUAUGCUGAUCUGUUCGAGCAACUCGACUUGAAUAAAGAUGGCAGGGUUGACAUCAGUGAGCUGCGACUUGGACUGGCUGCUCGAGGUUUGCACCAGGGAGAGGCUGAAGAGAUAGUCCUGGAGAGUGACAUCAAUCAUGAUGGUUUGCUGGACUUCGAAGAGUUCUCCCAGUACCUGCAGGCUCAAGAGAAGAGGCUAUGGCUCAUGUUCCACAAAUUGGAUCGGAACAAUGAUGGUCAAAUUGAUGUGGGCGAGAUCCAGCACUUGCUGCACAAGCUUGGAGUUGAGGUCACCAAGGAGCAGGCCUCCAGAAUACUGCAGAGCAUGGACAGGGAUGGCACCAUGACCAUUGACUGGAAAGAAUGGCGAGAUCACUUCCUGUUCAAUCCUUUCCACAACAUGGAGGAGAUUGUCCACUACUGGAAACACUCCCACAUGUUUGACAUUGGGGAACAUUUGACGGUGCCAGAUGAGUUCUCAGAGAAGGAACGGCAGUCCGGUCUGGUAUGGAGGCAGUUGGUUGCUGGAGCAAUGGCAGGUGCUGUGUCCAGGACAGGAACUGCUCCUUUGGAUCGCCUGAAAGUUUUCCUGCAGGUACAUGGUUCUGUGUCUCGUGGGACAAAUCUGUGGUCGGGGCUGAGAGGAAUGAUCCAAGAAGGAGGUGUCUUUUCACUCUGGAGGGGAAAUGGCAUCAAUGUCCUCAAGAUUGCCCCAGAAUCUGCAAUUAAGUUUAUGGCCUAUGAACAGAUCAAACGGCUGAUCCGUGGCAGCAGGGAAGGGGGAAGUUUGAGGGUACAAGAAAGAUUCCUUGCUGGCUCUUUGGCAGGAGCAACUGCCCAAACCAUCAUUUACCCCAUGGAGGUGCUGAAAACCCGUCUAACAUUGAGGAAGACAGGGCAAUACUCAGGUAUGGCUGACUGUGCCAGACAAAUCCUGAAAAGGGAGGGAGUCCGGGCUUUCUACAGGGGCUACCUGCCAAAUACAAUCGGCAUCAUCCCCUAUGCUGGUAUCGAUUUAGCUGUGUAUGAGACUCUAAAGAAUGCCUGGCUUCAGAGGUACUGUCUAGACUCUGCAGAUCCAGGUGUUUUGGUCCUACUGGGCUGUGGUACUGUUUCCAGCACCUGUGGGCAGCUAGCGUCAUAUCCACUUGCUCUCAUUCGGACACGAAUGCAGGCGCAAGCCAGCACGGAGGGUAACCCAAAACUGACCUUGGUGGGCCAGUUCAAAUUCAUCUUAUCCAACGAAGGUGUGUCUGGUCUGUAUCGUGGCAUCACACCCAACUUUCUCAAAGUCAUUCCAGCUGUUAGCAUCUCCUACGUUGUAUAUGAGCACAUGAAAAGAUUCCUUGGGGUUGGACACUAGACUAGGACGACGAGUGAGGAUGACCGAACUGGAAAGGAUAAAGAAAGCAAAGACUCAGUUUAUGAGACAACGCUGGUGAGAGAAAAGAUCCAUCUCAUGGAAACAUCUGGUUGGGAGGUCAAUUCUUUUUGGGAGAAUGCACUCUCACUGAAACAAAACAACAGAAAAUGACCGUGCAUGUGGGUCAUUUUCAUAUAAUUUGAUCAAUAACGGUGAAGACACACAUCUAAUUUAGCAAUUUUUUAAAUGCUCCCUUAGUUUUAUAUGGGUAAAUGUCUCCCAUGAUGAAACAGGCCUGCUUAAAGUCCUAUUUUCAAAAAGUUAUUGAUUUUAAAUUUUAAGCAUUUAAAGUAGGAUGGUGGUGCCCCUUUGAAAUACUGUACACCUAUUUUUAUAACAGUGAAGACAAAAAAACAAAAUGGAAAAGACAUCAACCACUUCAUAAAAACCAUUUGAGUUGCAUUGCAAUUUACAUGUGUUGCCUUUCAAACUGUGGAUACUGUACAAGCGCUAAAUGAUCCUAACUACUCAUUAAACCCAUUUCACUCGUCUUUAUCCAAUCGUAAUAACGGUAAAGACAUGCAAUCGUUUCAACACUUGCACUAAUUCAUACAUAUUCAUUCAUAUCUCAGGAAUACCUAAUUGUUUUGCUGUCUGCUAUUGCGUGAAUGCAAAAUGGCUGCCUCAUCCUGGCACUUCAGCUCACAGAUCCCGCUGGUGUAUUGCAACAACAUAAUGAGGCUCUCUCCAGUGGAAUUAACGGUAAAGUGACAAAGGACCGUUUGUAAAAGAACACUGAAGACGCUAAGAUGCAAUUGUAUUCGUUUUCAUGGAAUAGACAUAUUAACCAUAUCAAAAAAAUUAAUUAGCAUCUUCAGAAAAUAUGUUGCAAAUCAUCAAACUUCAUUUCGAAGACCUAACGGUAAAGAAAUUUUGACAAAAGUUUGAAAAAUAUUACUUUCAAAUUUUUUUUUUUCUUAGAAACAAUGAAUGACAUUUUGAUGGAUAACAACUGCUAUUAACCCAAAUACUGUUCUCAUGUCAGUACAAGUCAUUGAUUUUCAAUAGGAAAUUCAAUGGGCCAUGUCUUUACCGUUACUGAUCAAAUUAUAUGAACAUAGACCGUAUGCUCAGUGGAUUUUCUGUAUUCAACUAUAAUCCAAACCAUGAACAGUAGGUUUUUUGUUGUUGUUGUUUUACAAUGCUGCUCAUAAAACAUACUCCAAAAACCCCCCAAAAAUCUGCAUAAUAACAGGGCAGCAUGUCUAAAAAAUGAGGAAACAGUUUGCUUUUAGUUGCCCUGGUUUUUAUAGUGUCACAGAUUUAUUUAUUUUAAGCUUUAAAGAUGAGUGAUUCAUGUUGGAUGUUUUUUGAAAUCAUGAAAUGUCAGUCAGAUGCUUUUCUCUGUUGUCAGCUGCUCCGACCUUUUUAAUGCCAAGAAACUGGGCACCCACUUUUUGUGUAUUACGGAAUGUUUGCAGAGGCAUAAUUUGUCAUUUCAAAACUCAUCCAGUUGAAUUUGUACUAUAUACUCAUUGAGUAUCAUAUAGAGCUAUUUUCAAUAGUUUAUUCCUUGCAAUGACGCUUUUGCCCCCCAAAAUGUGACACAAAGAUACACGUAUUCAUCAUCUUAUUGUUAAAUUCGGAGCUGUUAAAUUAUUUCAGCAAGACAGUACCUUGUUGGAGCAGUUCUGAAGAAUGUUCUCUUAAAUGUGUCUGCAUUCGAUGUAACACAUCUUCUGCAUUACUACUCUUGUUAUUUUCUUCCACACAAGCCUGCUUGAAAUGAUGAAUGCUUGUGUCCAGUGGGGCCUUUUGCGCAUGACACGUGUAAAGCAUGGAUGCAUGUUCUGGUUGUGGAGUCAGCCAGUUUAAGGGUGGGUGGGAUUAUUUAUUCCAAAUAUUUUAAACACAAAAGUGUUUAUGUGUGUGUAUUUAUAAAGGCUUGUUUAUAAAUGCUAGUAGUACUGUACAGUAGAACCUCAAAAGUUGAACACAACUCAGUUUCAUGACAUUUAAUGUAAAGUGAUUUAAUAUCUUUAUUCACUACAGAAAAUGUUUUGGAUAGCAUUUAACAUUCCUAACUGUUCAAAAAAUAUAAAGACAAAUUAAUUAAUAUUAAUAAAACUGAAAUAAAGUAAAACUACUCAAACAUUAAAGAGGCUUGAAACAAACAUAAUGGGGAAGGAAAAUUCUUGUCACUUGAGGAUUUUUAUAGGUAGUGCUGCAGUUAAAAAGUGUACAAUAAUAUCACUUUUUAAAAAUUUCUUUUCAUGGUAAACACUGAAGAAAUGUCACUUUGCUACAAUUUAAAGUAAUUGCAACAACAGUAUUGCUAUUCGAGUGUUUGACUUUUGAAAUUCCACUGUAUAACUUUUUAGUUUUGAUAACACAUCAAUACCGACUGAACAUGCAUGUGCACUUUAAAUGCCUCCAUGAUGAAAAUUCGGUGAUAGCGUACUUGUCACGAGUUGAUUCAGACAGGACCUAAGAGCAGGCGUAGGCUGAGAGGUUGUGAUGAAAAGUUUAUUGAACAAAGGGCAAUGGAGAUGGUCCUUGAGAUAUGCUGGUGGGAUGUUGAGGCAGGGAACGUGUGGCAGGCGGUGGAAAGGACAGGCGGCUGGCGAGGGACGCAAAGGGAGCACCGAGGAGAAGGAGAAACACGGAGGUGAGAAAAAUCAGAAGAAGUGGCGUGGCUUACUAGAGGCUUGAGAGCCGUUGUACCACACGAGAGCGUUAAUACUCCGGCGAGAGUUUCCAGGAUCCGGCAGGCUCUUAUGCAGGUGAUGAUGAGGGCUGAUUAAUGACAGGUGCCCGGCCGAGGUGGUGCUGAUUACUGUGAAGAGAGAGAGGGAUGGGGAGAGAGGGGGAGAGGACACCGCUCAUGACAGUACUCUAUAUUAAUAAAUGUAUUUGCACAAGUCAUUUUGGAAGCUGCAUUAGUCUUGUUUACUCAGGGGCAUGUAAAAUUGUGUGCAAUAAUUACGUCUUAGAUAAUGCUCCUUGCAAAAUAUUUUCAAAUUCCACACUCAAUAUGAACCAGAUGUAAAACGAGUUCAGGCCAACAAACAUGUUAACAUACGAAAAUAUCGUUUUGAUUUGCACCCUGUGGAACUAAUAAAGGAUUACAUUCUUA